AUGCAAAAUUUCAAAGAGUAUAUGACGAAAGUGAUAAAAGACCAGAGUUCCAAAAUUCAGGUGCGACUCAAGAAAAUACAAUUGAACGCUCAAAUGCUAUUGAGGAAAAUACGAGAUAUGAAUCAGAAUCCUAAAAACGGUAAUGAAGUAUCGGAUAAAUUAAAACGAGAAUUCGUUAACGAGUACCAAAUCGAAUCUCCUAUAUCAGAAAAUAUUGAGAACAAUAUAAAAAGGAAAGCUAGGAGUGGCAAAAGUUUUGGGAAUCAUUAUACCAGCACUGGAUUUGGAGUGAGUGCAACUGCUAAUUAUGUCCCAACAUACCAUCAUCACUCCAUCGGUUUUGAUCCUAUAAAUAUUGUUGUUUCGAUGUCUCUUUUAUCCUUCUUACUGCAAGCAUUACAAGGAUUUUUGACGAGAACGAGACUACCAACACCUGUAGUUGAGGCUAGAAGCGUCACAAAUGAAAAUUGGGUCAAGAACUUGGACAAAAAUAACCCAUAUAAGAAUGUAAACGACGAAUUUUUGAAGAGAAAGCUACGUAAAAAAUAUUAU